UCACAAUGGAUCAACAGAAGAAAACCCUCAUCGACCCUAAAGAUAAAACAUUUUAAUUAAGAGGUUCUGCCAAACCAAGAACAUCUGUAUUCAUCUCUAAGAUCUUCUUGAAGAAAUUUGAUGAAGUUGAUAUUCAUGCUCUUGGUGAUGCUAUUUCUGGGGCUGUUAGAUGUGCUGAAACCCUUUAGAGAUAGGGUAUUAAAUAUAUGAUUGAAUAAUCUAGGUCUUGCUACUAUUCAGAAAAUUGAAACACUUACCCAAACAUUAGAAAAUGGAAAGAAACAAAAAAUCAUUGUUUCCCUAAAAGUUACCUAAGAUGGAAAGAAGAGAAUUAAUGAAGAAAUCAAGCAAUGAC